CUUGAAGGAAGGAAAAAACAAACAGCAAACGGUAUUUUGUGUCCUCUCAUCUCCUCUGGUCAGCGGCGGCUGUCGUCGUCCUUGCUCUAAAGCCAGGAUUGGAAAAAUACCAUGGAUGAAGAACCCUCAAGUGAAGCUAAAGACCUGAUAGACUCGUAUGAUGCAUUGGAAUAUGAAGGUGAUGAAUGCUGUGUGGUGGAAGAUGUUGAGGCUCCAAUAGUUUUGGAUGAAGCAAAUAAGGAUGAUCAUGUGAAUGGUGAGUCUUCUCCAUGUUUGGCAGGUGGGGUUGUAGAGCCAGUGCUAGGCAUGGAGUUUAAUUCAGAAGACGAUGCAAGGAAUUUCUACACAUCUUAUGCUAACCAAACAGGUUUUAAUAUACGUGUGAACUCAUAUUAUCGCUCAAAGAAAGAUAAUUCGAUCAUAUCUAGAGAAUUUUGUUGUUCUAAAGAAGGGUUUCGCAGAGAGAAGCAAGCAAGGAAGACAAAUUUGGGAGGGGAAACAAAGAGAAGGCGUGCCAGACCAAUCACAAGGGAAGGUUGCAAGGCACUGAUGACAGUGAGGAGACAAGACAAUGGGAAAUGGCAUGUAGCAAAGUUGGAGAUGAACCACAAUCAUGAGAUGGUGACUCCUGCAAUGCGGCAUUUUCUUCGAUCUCAUAAGCAUGAAAGUGAUUCAAAGAGUGUUUCUAGUAGCUCCUUCAAUUCUGGAAUGACGCUAAAUGCUCCUGCAAAUUUAUCAACUGAUGAUUGUAAUAGUUUUGGUAAAGUGGUUUUUGCCCAGCAGAAUGGGGUUAAUUACAUUGGGCGAGGACGGCUUAGCACUUUUGGGAUUGAUGCUCAAGGCCUUCUUAGUUUUUUCAAAACUACGCAAGCUAGCGAUCCAGCUUUUUAUUAUGCAAUACAGUUUGAUGAAGAGGAUCGGUUAAGUAGUGUUUUCUGGGUUGACACAAGAUCAAGGGUUGCCUACAAUUGCUUUUCUGAUGUUGUAGCCUUUGAUACUACUUAUCAAGUGAACCACUAUAAGAUGCCAUUUGCACCUUUUAUUGGAGUAAAUCAUCAUAGGCAUUCAGUAUUGUUUGGGUGUGCACUACUUGCAGAUGAAACUGAAUCCACGUUCAUUUGGCUUUUCACAACUUGGCUCGAGGCAAUGUCUGGACGACAACCAGGGUUGAUUAUAACAGAUUAUGAUUCUGCCAUAAGUAGGGCAGUGCAGAGGGUUUUUCCUCAGUCAAGCCAUCGUUAUUGCAAGUGGCACAUUGCGUAUAAGAUGUCAAAGGAAAUGGGACAAAUAUAUGGUUCACUGCCAAAGACAUUCCAGGUGGAGUUCGACAAAUGCAUUAAUAAGAGUGAAACAACUAGAGAAUUUGAAUCUUCCUGGCUGUUGCUUCUUGACAAAUACAACCUUAGAGGAAAUGAAUGGCUUCAGUCACUCUACAUUGACCGCAAGCUAUGGGUCCCAACAUAUGUAAGAGACAAAUUCUUUGCCUGUAUGUAUACUUCCCAGCGAAGUGGAAGUGUAAAUUCGCUCUUUGAUGGUUACGUGAAUGCAGGGACUACAUUAAAGGAUUUUGCGGACCAGUAUGAAAAGGCUUUGGAUGAUCGAUAUGAGAAAGAAGCAAAGGCUGAUUUUGAGACUUUCUACACUAAACCAGUUUUAAAGACACCACUUCCUAUGGAAAAGCAAGCAUCAGACAUUUACACCAGAAAUUUGUUCACUAUAAUUCAGGAUGAAAUUUUUGAAUCUCUUCUUUUUGCAGUGAAGUUAUGUGGAGAUGAUGGUGGAACGAAAACAUAUGAGGUUGCGAGAUUUGAUGAACACCGCAAAGUCUAUUUUGUAGCUUUGAGUAUAGAUGAACAAGUAGCUAGUUGCAGUUGUAAGAUGUUUGAGUUUGACGGGAUCCUCUGCAGACACGUAAUUGCAGUAUUCAAGUCGACAAAUGUCUUCAUGCUUCCACAACAUUAUAUUUUAAAGAGAUGGACAAGAAAUGCCAAGGAUGAAGCUCUGUUGGAUGUGCUGCCUUUUGUUGAGAUGAAGGGUACGUCUCAAAAGGGCAAGAACUCUCAGCACAAUAUUUUGUAUCAGGAAGCCAUAAAAUGUGCGGAGGAAGGGAUGUCAUCUGAUCACAGUUUCAAAGUAGCACUAAAAGCAUUGAGAGAGGCUAGGAUCAAAAUUGCAGGUGCAAAGAAAAAUUGCUUCAGUGCCUCUAAACUUGGAAGCAUUGACCAGGAAUGACUAUCAGGCUGACAAUGCAGACAGCACUUCAGUACUGGUUACACCCCCGGACCACCAAAAUUCAGAAACUAGAGAAUCUUGUACAGAAAUUGAUCUAGCAAUGCAUUAGAGCAGACAUCAGACAAGGUCAUAUUCUGCAGUAAUUGUAAAUGCCCUGGAGAUGAUAGUCAUGGUUCCGUAUCGUUGAAGGGUACAAGCCAAAACAAUUCAUUGGUGAGAUCAGUUCCUAACCAGUGUUGAUUGUAUCUUCAAUUUGAUCGAAUGUGCUAAAUAUUCAUGUAGUUAUUUCUGUUGUAGAGGAUGUUGAACGGCAAAAGUUUGCCUUCACAGUUAGUUCAUGCGGAUAGGAAGGAGACAACACUCCCCUGAAUUGCAGGUUUUGCUUUCUCCUUUGUUUCCCUCAGCUGACAUCUUUGGCCUCCAUUUAUCAGUUGCUUGGGUAAUUAGCCUUUGCCUUUUGUCCUCA